AUGGCGCCCAUCAAGCGCAAGAAUGAUGCUGCCGCUGAGGGUGCUCGACUCGCGAAGAAGCACAAGCCGUCCACCUACCCUCAGAAGCUGUCCAUCUUGAGAGAAGAGGAGCCAGCAUUUCCUCGUGGAGGGGCAAGCAUCCUGACCCCGCUGGAACACAAACGGAUUCAGAUCCAAGCAAAACAAGAUGUACUCUUCGAGCAGAGUACUGGCAAGAAAGCGGCCCGGAACGAGUUUGAAGACGAAGAAAACGAUGAGGAUAUGCCUGAUCAACUUAGUGGGCCCACCGAGAAGAGCAAGAGCAAGAGCAAGUCAAAAUCUAGAGACAACAAGGGCAAGAAAAAUGGCGGCGUUGAGAAGGCAGCAUUGCGUAUUGAAGGGUUGAGCUACAAGCGGCUCGUACCUGGUUCAUUGGUCCUUGGACAAAUUUCUCAGAUCAAUCGUUAUGAUGUCGCUUUGAAUCUACCCAACAACCUUACGGGCUACGUUUCCCUCACUUCGAUAUCGGACAAGUUGACAAAGCGAAUUGAAGCCCUGGCAGCAGAUGAAGAGAACGCAGACGAGCAGGAUGCGGACACGAAAGUCGACCUCAAAAGUCUAUUUUCUGUUGGACAGUACCUGCGAGCCUACGUGAUUUCCACACAGGAAGAAGCAGCCACAGGCGCGAAAGGCAAGAGACACAUCGAGCUCUCAAUCAAUCCUCGAGAGGCAAAUUCUGGUCUCAACAAGGCCGACUACGUGACGAACAGCAUGGUGCAAGCUUCUGUACUAAGUGUGGAAGAUCAUGGUUUGAUAAUGGAUCUCGGAACUGGAGACGUAGGCUUUCGGGGUUUCAUGUCGUCUAAAGAGUUAGGCCCGAAUAUUGACAUAUCAAGCAUCGAAGAAGGGUCCGUCUAUCUAUGCCUCAUCACUGGCAAGAGCUCCACUGGCAGCAUUAUCAAACUCUCGGCGGAUCCACAUAAGAUAGGCAAUAUCAAGAAGGGCAACUUUCUCACCAACGCACCAACAGUGGACUCGUUCCUACCCGGAACGGCCGUUGAUGUCUUGGUGUCCGAGACCGCGCCCUCAGGAAUCGCUGGCAAAGUAAUGGGUCUGCUCAACGUUACUGCGGAUUUGAUACACUCAGGAGCUGCUGCGAGCGGCAAAGAUCUCGAGAAGAAAUACCCGCCUGGAAGCAAGAUCAAGGGGCGCAUUAUAUGUACGUUCCCGACUGCGGAAGAGAAAAAGCUUGGUAUCUCCUUACAGGAUCAUAUCGUAUACUGGAGACCUAAGACCACAACCACUGCAUCUGUAACAGAAAAAUCGUUACCCACCGAAAUGCUACCAAUCUCAAGCACUGUCAAUGAGGCGAAAGUUGUCAAAGUCGAGCAAGGCACUGGAUUGCUCGUCGAUGUCGGAGUGAAAGGUGUUCGAGGCUUUGUCCACAUCUCAAGGAUAUCGGAUGGCAAGAUUGAGACUCUGGCGGAAUCUACUGGAGCAUACAAGCUUGGGUCAGUCCACAAAGCUCGAAUUAUUGGCUAUAAUUCCCUGGAUGGGUUAUUCAUAGUUUCAAUGGAGCCGAAGGUCAUCAGCCAGGCCUUCCUACGCAUGGAGGAUAUAAAGGUCGGACAGGUGGUCAAAGGCACGGUGGAAAAGAUGCUGGUCAACGAAACCGGUGUAAAUGGUGUUAUAGUCAGGAUUGCAGAAGGCAUCACAGGCCUGGUGCCUGAGGUACAUCUGGCAGACAUCCGCUUGCAGCAUCCUGAGAAGAAGUUCAAGGAGGGCUCAUCAGUCACCGCAAGGGUAUUAUCUACGAUGCCAGAGAAAAGACAGAUCCGUCUAACCCUCAAGAAAACUCUUGUCAAUAGCGACGCUAAUAUUUGGACGUCAUACGAGAACCUGAAGCCCGGCCUUCAAGCUCCUGGGACCCUUGUCAAUAUCUUGCCAUCUGGCGCCGUGGUACAAUUCUACGGUUCUGUACGUGGUUUUCUACCAGUAUCGGAGAUGAGCGAAUCCUUCAUCCAAGACCCCAAACAACAUUUCCGCACAGGUCAAGUUGUUAAUGUCCAUAUCGUUACUGUCGAUUCGUCAGAUGAGCGGAUGAUAGUAUCGUGCAAAGAUCCGUCAGCAUUUGGAGCUGCUCAGCAGGAGGCGUUCAAAAGCCUAAAGCCUGGAGAAACAGCCGUCGGUAAUGUAACAGAAAAGACCAGCGAGGAGAUCAUAGUAACACUCGAACCGGCAGGACUGAAAGCGAUUUUGCCGAUUGAGCAUCUUGCAGAUGGUUCAGCUCAGAAGUGCCAUUCUUUAGCUAAGAGGAUCAGAGUGGGCCAAAUCUUGAAAGAGCUGAUGAUCUUAAGCAAGCAAGAAGCGAAGCACCUGAUCAGACUCACGAGCAAGCCCAGCCUUAUCAAAGUUGCAAAAGAGGACAAAUUAGUGAAGGCUUUUGAAGACGUAGUGGAGGGCUCUGAGGUCCGAGGAUUUGUACAGAACAUUACCCCAACAGGUGUUUUUGUGCAAUUCGCGAGUGAUCUCACUGGCCUUCUCCUCAAGCACCAUUUACCCGAUGAAGCAGCUCUGCUGCCUAAUUUUGGCAUGCGCAGGAAUCAGUCAAUAUCACCGCGGAUUCUGUCUGUGGACCAUCGCCAGAGACGCUUUCUAUUGACAAUGAAGGCGUUGCCAGGUCUUGAACAGUCCGAGAGCAAGAAAGCUGCAGCUGCCAACUCUUUCGAUAUGAAUUUAUCUAAUCCUGUAGACGAGGUCUCGACAAGCGUUGAAGAUUUCACUCUAGGCAAGUUGACGAAGGCCAAGAUUGUGUCCAUCAAGGAAACACAGAUAAACGUCCAACUAGCAGACGCUGUGCAAGGACGUAUUGAUGUUUCAGAAGUGUUUGAUAGUUGUGAAGAAAUCAACGAUCGAAAGUCUCCUCUGAAGAAAUUCCACACCAAACAGAUACUCCCUGUUCGUAUCUUAGGGAUGCACGAUUCCAGGAAUCACCGAUUCCUGCCGAUCACACACCGAGGCAAAGCGCCAGUGUUCGAACUUACAGCAAAGUCAAGCAACCAGAGCUCAACAAAUCUGGACAUUUUGACGAUUGACAAAGUUGAAGCCGGCUCUUCGUGGCUUGUUUUUGUCAACAACGUUGCAGAUGACUGUCUCUGGGUCAAUCUCUCGCCAAAUGUUCGUGGCCGAAUCCGAGCCAUUGAUGUCUCAGACGACGUAUCUCAACUCAAUGAUUUGUCGAAGAACUUCCCGAUUGGUUCGGUAUUGAGGGCAAAGGUACUGAAGGUCGACGUUGAAAACAAUCGACUUGAUCUAUCCGCGAGGUCCGACGGGUCUUCAGCUUCUUUGACACUGAAGAAUCUGUCCAAAAGCAUGGUCUUGCCCGGAAGGAUCACCAAAGUCACAGAACGUCAAGUCAUGGUUCAACUUAGCGAGUCGCUCUCUGCACCAGUCCACCUCGUGGACUUGGCUGACGACUAUUCCAAAGCUGACCCGACUGCAUACGAGAAGAAUCAAACCGUCCGAGUGUGGAUCAAGGCCAUAGAUGUUCCCAACAAGAAGAUCACACUGUCAGCCAGGCCUUCUAAGGUCCUAAGCUCCUCAUUGCCCGUUAAAGACCCGGAUAUUGGGUCCAUAUCUCAGCUCAAAGUUAACGAUAUCAGGAGAGGGUUUGUCAAGAAUGUUGCCGAUAACGGAAUCUUUGUCUCUUUGGCCAGCAACGUUACCGCCUUUAUCAGGAUCUCGGAUCUAUCGGAUGCUUUUCUCAAAGACUGGAAAUCGGAUUUUGAGAUUGACCAGUUGGUGGAGGGCAAAAUCAUCGCUGUCGAUUCAUUGCUCAAUCAUGUCCAGAUGAGCUUGAAGAAGUCACAUCUUGACAAGGACUACAAACCACCUCUCGCUUUCUCAGAUAUGAAAUUGGGGCAAGUAAUCACAGGAAAGGUCCGAAAGGUAGAAGACUUUGGAGUUUUCGUCGUGGUGGAUGACUCUGCCAAUGUUAGCGGUCUCUGCCAUCGAACCAAGAUGUCUGACCGACCCGGUGCCAACCCGAACAAGCUAUACGAAGAAGGCGAUACAGUUCAAGCAAAGGUGCUGAAUAUCAACAAGGAGAAGAAGCAGAUUUCGUUCGGACUGAAGGCUUCCUAUUUUGGUAAGCAAUUCAGAGAUAAGGAUGCUGCAAUGAAUGCUAGUAGUCCAGAAGAUAGCGACAUUGGGGAUGCUAGUGAUAGCAAUGGUUUCAUGGGUGAGGCGGAUAGAAAGGGACUUGGCGCUUUACUGGGGGCUCACGAAGACCAAUCCUCGGACGAUGAAUUUAAUAUGGACGAUGUGCAAGACAUAGAUGAUAACCUCGGAAUGGAUGACGGAGGCGUAGACCUUCCCCAAGAGGAAUCUAGAGCUCCCAGCACUGCAAACGGUCUCCAAGGUCUCAGCACAGGCGGUUUCGACUGGACCGGCGGCAUGUCCGCGGCCGACAACAGAGACGCCCAAUCUGAGACCGACGCAGAACCAUCCCAAUUCAAGAAGAAAAAACGGAGAAAAGCCGAGAUCAAAAUCGACAAAACCGGCGACCUCGACGCCAACGGCCCACAGUCUAUCGCAGACUUCGAACGCCUUCUCCUCGGCCAGCCAAAUUCCUCCGUGCUCUGGCUCAGCUAUAUGGCGUUCCAGCUCCAGCUCAGCGAGGUCAACAAAGCGCGUGAGAUUGCAGAAAGAGCCCUCAAGACAAUCAACAUCCGCGAGGAGACCGAGAAAAUGAACAUUUGGAUCGGGCUGCUCAAUCUGGAGAACACUUACGGAACCGAUGAAUCCUUAGCUGAUAUCUUCAAGCGGGCAUGCCAGUACAAUGACAGCCAAGAGAUCCACGAGCGUCUCAUAAGCAUCUACAUCCAGUCUGGACAUGACUCGAAAGCGGACGAUCUGUUCCAAACUACGAUCAAGAAGCAUGGCAAAUCCCCAGAUCUCUAUAUCAACUAUGCAAAUUUCCUCAUGACUACACUAGCGGCUCCAGAUCGCGCUCGUGCGCUGUUACCUCGGGCAAUGCAGUCCUUACCUUCUCAUACGCAUCUAGCUCUUACCAGCAAGUUCGCCCAAGUGGAAUUCACGUCCUCGAACGGCGAUCCAGAACGAGGGCGCACGCUCUUCGAAACACUGCUUGCGCAAUGGCCCAAACGCUUGGAUUUGUGGAACGUGCUGCUCGACUUGGAGAUCAAACAAAGAGACAAGGAGGUCAUUCGACGGCUCUUUGAGCGAGUAACUGGGAGCGGACCCUCGCUCAAGGCUAGACCGGCCAAGUUUUUCUUCAAGAAAUGGCUUGAGUAUGAGGGUAAGGAGGGGGAUAGCAAGAGCCAGGAGAGGGUGAAGGCGCUGGCGGCGGAUUAUGUCAGAGCGCAGGGGAAGCAGUUUGAUGUUGAGCAGACUUGA